AUGCCUCCCAGAAAGCCAGAUCCCAAGAAGGAUGACGCCAAGGCAGCCGCCAAGGCAGCUCCAGCUCCCGCACCUGCACCCGCACCUGCACCUGCACCAGAGCCCCCCAAGGAACCUGAGUUCGAUGUCUCCAAGGUCAAGAUCGAGUUUACACCGGAGCAGAUUGAAGAGUUCAAGGAAGCCUUCACGCUGUACGACCGCACACCCAAGUGUGAGAUGAAGAUCACGUAUGGGCAGUGUGGGGAUGUCCUGCGGGCGCUGGGCCAGAACCCUACACAGGCCGAGGUGCUCCGAGUCCUAGGGAAGCCAAAGCAGGAAGAGCUUAACUCCAAGAUGAUGGACUUUGACACGUUCCUGCCCAUGCUCCAGCACAUCUCCAAGAACAAGGACACGGGCACCUACGAGGACUUUGUGGAGGGGUUGAGGGUCUUCGACAAGGAGGGCAACGGCACGGUCAUGGGCGCCGAGCUCCGCCACGUGCUGGCCACGCUGGGUGAGAGGCUGACAGAAGAUGAGGUGGAGAAGUUGAUGGCUGGGCAAGAGGACUCCAAUGGCUGCAUCAACUACAAAGCAUUUGUCAAGCACAUCAUGUCCAGCUGAACCUCUUGCCCCAGAUCCCCUGUUGCCACCUCCCCAACUCCACCAAUUCCAGUUCUCAGCUGACGUCCCGCAGCCUUGCUUGCCCC